UGGGAUCUAGCUGCUUCUAAUGAUCGGUCGUAUCAUUCACAAAAGCAACUAAGGACAUGCUGCAUUUUCUGCGAUGACAUCUCAGAUCACUCUAUGUUCUGCCUUGGGGUUAUACGCUCCUGUUACUGUGAAGAUCACAUACAAUACACAUCACUGUGUUUGCCAGUAACGGAGAAACAUUAUAAAAUUAUCUGACAAAUUCAGUUGUGCUGAACAAGAACAAUGUCUGACAAGACCGAGAACCAAACCUCAGAGCUUCCUGAUGCAUACGGAGGGCGUCUAGAGGAAAACCCGGGCACUGGGUUAUUAAAUGUGAAGGAAGAGGAUGAGACAGAUGACAUGAAUAGUCAUCAGACUGAAAUACAUUGGUCCCUCCCUGCCGACAAAGACAACGCUGAGAUAGUGAAAGUUGAGAUAACAGAAGAUCUGUGUGUGACGCUGGGUACCCCAGAUGAGGAAACCAGAGACAGUAUCAGCUCACGUAGCUUCACAAACUACAAUAAUCCUAGUCAUGAUCAGAGUGCAGAUGCUUCUUUCAAUCUUCUUCAGUAUCAAAGAAGCCAUGUAGGAAAUGUAUGUCCUGAAUGUGGGAAAUGUUUUACCAAGAAACCACAACUUACUAACCAUCUGAAAAUUCAUACAGCAGCAAAAAAAGUGUUUUCAUGUUCGGAAUGUGGGAAAUGUUUUACUCGGAAAUCAGUUCUUAUUAAUCAUCAGACAAUUCAUACAAGAAAUAAAGCAUUUUCAUGUUUUGAAUGUGGGAAAUGUUUUAUGUGGAAAUCCUCUCUUUGGAAUCAUCUGAAAAUUCAUUCAGGAGAGAAAGAAUUUUCAUGUUCUGAAUGUGGAAAAUGUUUUUCCAAGAAAUCAUAUCUUAUUGAACAUCUUAAAAUCCAUACAGGAGAGAAAGCAUGUUUAUGUAUUGAAUGUGGGAAAUGUUUUACUCAGAGAUCAAAUCUUAUCACUCAUCAGAAAAUUCAUACAAUGGAAAAAGCAUUUUCAUGUUCUGAAUGUGGGAAAUGUUUUACUCAGAAAUCAACGCUUAGUAAUCAUCAGAAAAUUCAUACAGGGGAGAAAGUAUUUUCAUGUACUGAAUGUGGGAAAUGUUUUACUCUGAAAUCUCAUCUUAUAAAUCAUCAGAAAAUUCACACAGGAGAGAAAGCAUUAUCAUGUUCUAAAUGUGGUAAACAUUUUACUCUGAAAUCAACUCUUAUUACUCAUCAGCAAAUUCAUACAGAAAAGAAAGCAUUUUCAUGUUCUGAAUGUGGGAAAUGUUUUACCUGGAAAUCAACUCUUACUGCCCAUCUGAAAAUGCAUACAGGAGAGAAAGGAUUUUCAUGUUCUGAAUGUGGUAAAUGUUUUACUCGGAAAUCAAAUCUUAUUAAUCAUCAGAAAGUUCAUACGGAAGAGAAAGCAUUUUUAAGUUCUGAAUAUGGAAAAAGUUUUAUUCAGAAAUCAACUCUAAUUUCUCAUGAGAAAAUUCACAUUAAAGAAAAUCAGGGAAAUCAUAGCUCAAUCUUGUAAGUACAGAGAGUGAUACAUAAUCAUCAUCCAUACAAUACCUAGAGUGCUGAUGAUGACCACAUAUCAUACUAUGGGGGCAUGCUUUUGAGGCCCCUCUGCACCUUAUCCAUGGUUAUGAGUUGGCCUACUGUGUUCAUUAUCCCUGGAGAUAAGUGAUCAUAGGGAAAAAAAUUAUAUAUAUAUAUAUAUAUAUAUAUAUAUAUAUA